GGGGCGGGGCUUGGCGCAGGCCCCGCCUCGGUCCGUCCGCGAACACAUUCCGCUGGCUCGGUCCGAGCGCCGGGUGGUCCCCUGGGGGCUGACUCCAGGCUCCUCCCUGGUCGGGCGGGUCCGGCUGCGGGGCGCCGACAUGCGCCCCCUGCUCUGCCUGCUCGUGAUCUUCGCUGGCUGCACCUUCGCCCUGUACUUGCUGUCGACGCGACUGCCCCGCGGGCCGACACUGGGCUCCGCCGAGGAGACGGGAGGCAGGUCACUAUGGUUCCCCUCUGACCUGGCCGAGCUGCGGGAGCUCUCCGAGGUCCUUCGAGAUUACCGGAAGGAGCACCAGGCCUACGUGUUCCUGCUCUUCUGCAGUGCCUACCUCUACAAACAGUGCUUUGCCAUCCCCGGCUCCAGCUUCCUGAAUGUUUUAGCUGGCGCGUUGUUUGGGCCUUGGCUGGGGCUUCUGCUGUGCUGUGUGUUGACCUCGGCGGGUGCCACAUGCUGCUAUCUGCUCUCCAGUAUGUUUGGCAAACAACUGGUGGUCUCCUACUUUCCCAAUAAAGUGGCCUUGCUGCAGAAGAAGGUGGAGGAGAACAGAAACAGCUUGUUUUUUUUCUUACUGUUUUUGAGACUUUUCCCCAUGACGCCAAACUGGUUCUUGAACCUCUCAGCCCCGAUUCUGAACAUUCCCAUCGUGCAGUUCUUCUUCUCUGUUCUUAUCGGUUUGAUCCCCUACAACUUCAUCUGUGUGCAGACAGGCUCCAUCCUGUCAACCCUGACCUCUCUGGAUGCUCUUUUCUCCUGGGAAACUGUUCUGAAGCUGUUGGCCAUUGCUCUGGUGGCCUUAGUUCCUGGAACCCUCAUUAAAAAAUUUAGUCAGAAAGACCUGCAUUUGAAUGGAACAAGCAACGCCAAUCAUCUAAAUAGUAGAAAGGGCACGUGAUGUGGAUUUUUUGGUUGCUGUAUCCCUGGACUCUAUUGCUUAUUUGUGUAAUGGGUGUGGUCCUCUCCAGCCCCUCAUUGUUUCCUAAUUCCCCUCAACAGGUGAUUUGGACACUUCAUCUGUGUGCAGUGUCUUGUCAUCAAGGACAACAGUGCCCUAAAAGGUGAAUUAUAGGAGGUUCUCAAAUCAGCCUUGGUUUAGCAGCCCUGUGAAAUGGAUGGCCACCUAGAAAGUCCUGUUUAUAUUUUAUUGAAUAACAAGGAACUCAGGAUAAUCUGUUGUCUUUGCCUCUUGCCAAGCCCUGAGCUGCCUCUGGAGAGGAUGCUGACUCGUCCAGAGUGCCUCUUGCAAAGUGACAGGCUGUUGUGACCCGUGUUCUUCCGUUAAGUCCGUGGUGUAUGAUGUUCGUGUACAUGAUGACAUGUGAGCCCACGUCACUGACAUCACUCUUCAUCUUGUUACUGUCUUGAGGAGUGUUUCUUCUGUGUGUUUUUUGCUGAUGACCUACCUCUUCCAUGAACUAAGGGAAAGAAGCUGACAGACUGCUUAGAACUCCCACAGACAGCUCCAACGCCGUGGUUUCUGUGAUGCUCUUUGUUCAGAUGCACUGAUGUUAUCAUGUCACAUUUCCUCUUGGUUGCAUGUCCUGACAAGCUGAUUGCAAACAGCCUAUUAAAUAUGAAUGGAGCAAGCUCUGUAUGUUAUGGAGAAACUCUUACCCAUCUGGACAGGGCAGAGCCCUUGAAUCACCUGAACCAAAUGACCAUCAGUACAUUUUCUAAUCUCCUUUCUGUGUGAAAUCCUUUCUCCAUCCUGCUGCUAGGAGAAUGGACUCAGUGUGCUCAGAUAUUAGCCAGUGUCCCCUCUGAAUGUUUUUGAAUUUGCAUUUGCUGAGAAUAACAGGAAUAAUUAUAUUUUAUCUUUUAAUCCAAAAGCUUGGUUUUGGGUUACUAUGUUGUGCUGUAUUUUAAUUAUCUAGCUGUCACUGCAUCCUACAGCUGCAGUAUUGAAUUAUCACCGACUUGGGUUAAUGCUUCCAAGGACAGAAGGACCUUGGCACCUAAACUGACCAGCUAUGGGAUUCUGUAGCCUAUAGGAGUAACUAACUCAUCAUUUCCUACCAGAACUAUCCCCCUUGGGUAUGAUCUGCUGGGUUUUGAUUUGGCUUCGUCAACAGUCUUGCCAAGGCUUUAAUCUAGGCCACGAUUAAAUUUUACAUGAAUUCUUUUUUACAUUGAAUUUUACAUGAUUACAUGAAUUCUUGGGAAUACUCAUUCUUGGGAAGAAUGCAUUCCCAAGCAUUGUUUUUGGACAUAGUAUGAUCCAAAAAACACUACAGGGACUUCAUUUAUAAAGAUGCGUUGCUUUAAAGGAAGCUUGAUAAUGAGGGUGGGGACGAGGAGGAGGCUAACUGGACUUUGAAAUCCGUGGCUCUUGGCGGUCUGGAUUAGUGGUCAGUAGGGAGACAAGGAAGCUGUCCACACUAUGGCAAGUGCGAACCUUCUGCCCUUCACAGGAUCCUUAGGUUCUCUCCCUCCUCCCCCAUGAUUUGCAACAAUAUGCCUUAUCAGUUGUGAGUUUCAAGGCAAGGUGAUUGCCCAAAUAAAUGGAUUUAAAUGUU